UCAGCUCAAGGGAGCGAAAGGGGCUGCGGAGCCAUUCAGAACCAAGGGUUUGCAAGUCACCCUGGAACGGGAAGAGAAAAAUGCUUUGCUGAGGCUCAUUUUUGGCGACUGUAGCGAAUGCUGUUGGAGAGAGUGCUGGGUGAGACAGAGAGAUGGCCGUACAGGCCCCCAUCGUGACCUCCCAGUUCAUGAAUUUCUGCUUCCUCGGGUCUGGCAUGGAGUAUGACGCGGAGAAGCCAUUUGACGGGAGCCUCCUCGGGGAGGUGGCCUGCGAAGGGGACUUUCGGGAAACCACCCGGGACCUCCUGAGCUUCAUCGACUCUGCCUCCAGUAAUAUCAAGCUGGCCCUGGACAAGCCAGUGAAGUCCAAGCGGAAAGUCAACCACCGCAAGUACCUGCAGAAGCAGAUCAAGAGGUGUACGGGAAUCAUCGGGUCGGGGGGGAACCUGGCUCAAGAUCAAGGCAAGAGGCAAGGAUCCCCCACCUCACACGCCGGCAACAUCCCAGGCAAACCUGUGGCCCGGCGUGACGGCAUUCAAGCCAACCUGCAGAGCAAGAGCCUGGCUGCCCUCUUUGAGCCCACGAAGGACAUCCGCGGGGAAAAAACCCGGAAGCCACCCCUCCGCCAGCGCAACCUGCCCCCAUCCUUCUUCACUGAGCCUGCCAUCUGCCCCAGGGUUACUUCCACCUCCGGCAUGACCCUGAAGGAUCUAGAGCGGGCUGGGCCAGAGGCAUCUGAGUUCUUCGAACUUCUAGGCCCUGACUACAGCGACAUGCUGGUUGAACAGGACAUACCCCAGGGCAUGCCCAUGCGGGUCCAGCAGGAGGCACUGUCUGGACAGGACUCCUAUGAACCCCAUCACCUAUCUGAGGGCCUUCUGUACGCAGAACCAUGGGGUGGUUGCACUGGCCCAUCCAAGAAAGCGGCGCCAUGUAGUCUGGGUGAAAACAUGCGGACGAUUCAAGCCCAGCCUCCACUCUACUGCCAGUUGGAUUCCACCGUUUCUUUACCAGUGGAAGAGAACACCCUGUGUGCGUUGGCCUUCCCAAACUUAUUCACGGAUUACUCCCUUCCUCAUGCCACCUAUGAUUUUGCCAGUGGAUACAACAGGGCUGCAUUUCCCUCACUUUGAGGCUUCCUAAAGGCACACGUAACGUAAAACAUGAGCCGGAAAUUUAACACUCGAGAUGAGCUCUCUUUCUGAGAUGUUCUUGAUGUUCUCCAGAACUCAUUGGGAAUGAUCCUACUAUACAUUUGUCCCUCUUGUAUCCUUAUGUAGAAAUUACUGAUCUUUCUAGAUACUUUCUUCUUUCUUAAACAGUUUUUAACAAUCUCAGUCACAAAUUCGCUAAAUGGUUAGAUUUUUCCCACUUUGUAGUUGCUGCAGUAAAAAAGAAGAUAUUAAGCGGAUCAUUUUCACUAUUAAUGGCACCCAUUUUUAAAGUAAGUAUAAUAUUACAACUUUGGGGUUUCGCCACAUUUCUGUGAAAAUAAGGUAGAUUUCUAGCAGUACAGUGUCUACCUGGUACUGCUACAUUACUAAAAACCUGUAAGAUGAUUAUAUUUUGCAAAAAUAGAUAUUUACAUAAUGGUAUUGAAAAUUUGACUGCUUCCUUACUGGAACUGCAUUGUCCAUUUUAUAUUGCCAACAAUGGACUGAAGAAAAUCACAGGUUGUCUUGGUACUUUUCAGACAUAUAAAGCUAUUUUAAAUUGUGAAUAUGGAUGUGUUGGUAAUACAAUGUUACAUUAAAAAUACAUAAUCAUGUGGAAUAGGACAAAUAUGUAUGCUUGAGAGUGCAGCAACAUUGAGAAAUAGUGCCCUAUGAAAUAUGAUUUAUUAAAUGAAUACUGACACAAUCAAAUGAAACUCAUGGAAGCUCCAAGUCAGUUGAUUAUCAGAAUUAAAAUGCAGCCAUCGAUCUUAAUGGUUACCUUGGAAAAGUGUACUUAUCCCGAACAGUUUCGGUAAAAAUUCAGCCGAAUAAAUGGAUAACAUAAAUGAAUAUGUGUAACCUUUUAGUUAAACGAGAACAAGUAUCAUACGAAUAGUGAGCCCAACAACUGUGCUAAAAGCUAUAUAGCUAGUACAAGUCACAUCCGUUUCACAGGAAUUUUACCCUCCAGUGAAAGAAAUUAUAGUACAAAAUUCUUGAUGCUACAGUUUAUUAGUCUUUUGUAUUGACAAAUAUAGGCAAAUUCAUUUGUCUAGUACAAUUACAAAUGCCAGGUGAUAUAUAAGUUUGAUACAUUACAAAUAGCAUCACAAUCUUCUCAAGAACACUUGCAAAGAUUUUUCAGCUUUCAUGUUCUCAUCUCUUCAAUAUUUCCAUCAUAAACUCCGAGUUCACUUGACACCAGUCCUGUUGUUUCAGUAAUGGAUGCCCAUCUCCUCUGCUGGGCUCUGUCGAAGCUACUUGCAUGUUUUCUGCACAUUGGUGUGAAUCUCUUUUUAGGAACAAUAAUUUCUCUAAAACACAGCCUCUCUGACUUCAAGUGGUAUUAGCAUAUCAAUCAGAGUUUUUACAAUCACCACGUCCUUCUUUUCAAAAUGUUUGAGUUUCUCACACUUUUUUGAGAAUCGUACUGCGCCCGCAAACGGAAUUAAAUCACAAAUACUCAAAUACUUUUAAUCAUUUUCAUCUUCAAGACAACUUUUUUUUUAGCUGAUAAAGCAAAUAUCAGUUGCAGUUGCACAGAUCUAAUAUACAUCGGUAAUACCUGUUUUGUUUUGUUUUUUUUAAUCAUUGAGUAAACUUGCAUGAAAUGUAGUAAUUUUAGUUUUUAUUUCCAGACACUGUACACACAUUAUGGAGAAACAAUCAAGAGAAUGGUAUAUAUUUAACAGUUGAGUUAUUUCCCUUAGAGCUGAUGAGGAACGAUGUAUACAGGUAAAUGUGUGUAUAUAAAGAAAUGCCUGUAUACCUGUGUGCUGUAUCCUUACAGCCACCAUUGCUGGAUGGAGAUGCAGGCCUGAUAUCCUGGUAGUGACAGAUGUUAAAAUUCUGUAUAUUAUGUGAGAAGGCAAAAUAAAGCUGGUCUUUAUUUCUG